GGGAUGCAUGUUCUUGGUGGAUUCGCUACAUGGAUUAUUGUAGAUAUAGGUCAACUGAUGAUUGGAAGAUUAACUCCACAUUUUUUAACAAUUUGUAUGGAUGACUUAAGUGAUUGUACAACAAUAAACAAUAAUGAUGAAUGUGAUAGUAGUGGUAUUCCUGAGAGUUGUGAUGAUGAUAUGAAGAAUUGUGAUUAUCUUAAUGAUGCAAGAAUGUCUUUUCCUAAUACUUAUGCUGCCUUAUCUGCCUAUGCUGCAGUCUACUGUGGGUUGUACAUAUCAUCUGUGUUUACGAUUACGCUGACAAGAUUAACACGUCCAUUCCUGGUCCUGGGAUUGUUACUGUUAGCAUACAUGGCUGGUUUGUCAGAAGUUGCUAUUAAUCAGUGUUUUUGGUCUGAUGUUCUAAUUGGCUAUGUGAUUGGAGCAACUGUUGGGGGAUACCUGGGUUAUUUUGUACUUGAUUACUUCAAAGGAAAGCCACAAUAUAGUGCACAUAACUUCCCAACAGAAAUGCAAGACUUGGUUGUAAUGAACCCUAUGCAUCCAGUAAACAAAGCUGCAAUGACCAAUGAUCCAAUACCAGAUCAACCAAUGAAGAAUUCCGAUGUACAGACAGGACCUAACAGGCUAUCAUAUACAUACGAUGGCUCUAUGGGACAGGUACCGCUUCCUACAAGAAAAGCCCAGAAAUCAUUCCUACAUAGUCCUGACAAUUAUUUAGCUUCCAAUGGAACCUAAUGUUGCACUAAAUUAUCCAUCAACAAUUUCAAUAAUAAUUAGCAUUAAAAAAUAUAUUUUUAUUGGUAUUAUUUGAGCUGAAUGUGAACAAAUUCUUUCGAAAUGGCUGAUGUCUACAACAGCUAGGUAAAAUUUAUCCCGGCAGAAACAAAAUAUAUCUGUGUUGUACAUAUGCAAUGUGUUUGGUAUGUACAUUACCACAAUUCAUGUAAUGAGGUAUGAGCAUGUCACCUGACAUGUGUAUGUAAUGCAUGGCUUUUGCAUACUACUAACCGAUCAGCUUUUUGGGUGGAUUAAUUUUCAACUUUUAUUAACUGUCUCAGACCAGGAAUACCUGAUUAUUUACUCCUACCUGUCAAAUUAUUAGCGGUAACAGACAUUCCUGUAUAUCCAAAUAUUUACCAGCUCUGGUAGUUUUGUCCAAUUACUAGUUAGAUUAGCUGAAAUUAUUUGAUUGUUUUAUAUAUAUAACCUAAAAAUACAUUACAGCAUUAUUUUGUCAUAGAAUUGAGAAAACAAUAGCUCUUUACUUGUAACUAGUAUGAAUAUGAAGAAAGAUUUUCAAUGUAAUUUAUAUAUUAACAGUAUUAGUGUGAUAUGACGCAGUAUGUAACUGUAUUUUCUGUAUUAGUAAAGCACAACUCCUGAAAGGUCAUACAUUGAACCUCCCCACCCAUAUAUGCCAGCCAGCAUUUGUUAUUCAGAAGCGGUUACACAUUGAACUUCCCCACCCAUAUAUGCCAGCCAGCAUUUGUUAUUCAGAAGCGGUUACACAUUGAACCUCCCCACCCAUAAAUGCCAGCCAGCAUUUGUUAUUCAGAAGCGGUUACACAUUGAACCUCCCCACCCAUAAAUGCCAGCCAGCAUUUGUUAUUCAGAAGCGGUUACACAUUGAACUUCCCCACCCAUAUAUGCCAGCCAGCCAGCAUUUUUUGUUCAGAAGCAAUUACACAUUGAACCUCCCCACCCAUAAAUGCCAGCCAGCAUUUGUUAUUCAGAAGCGGUUACACAUUGAACCUCCCCACCCAUAAAUGCCAGCCAGCAUUUGUUAUUCAGAAGCGGUUACACAUUGAACUUCCCCACCCAUAAAUGCCAGCCAGCAUUUGUUAUUCAGAAGCGGUUACACAUUGAACCUCCCCACCCAUAAAUGCCAGCCAGCAUUUGUUAUUCAGAAGCGGUUACACAUUGAACCAUUGAUAUAUUGAAAAUUAUUGCUGUUACAUAAUAUAAUACUCCCCUAGAAAUUACCAGGAUGUAUGACCUUAAGGGUUAUGUAUAAGACUUACGACAUGUGUUUUAAAUAUUAGUAUUCCUAGGCUAGUUGUGUACAGUUGUUAUAGUGUAUGUGAUUUUUAAUACAGAGUACACAGUAGCAUCACCUUAUGUUAUAACUAUUUACUCAAGAUGCAGCAUUAUUAUAAUAACACUCAUAAGUGUUAUAAGAACAAAAUGAUUGAAAUCGACCCAUCGUGGUGAUCACUAUAUUUUCCUUUAUCGCUUUAUUGUUUUACUUUCCUUACUCUGAUGUAAACUGAUUUCUAGCGUGUAAUUGUGCAAAGUUAAAAUUAUUUUGCCUUCCCUGAUGACCAUUCACUUGCAAUCCAUGCGUUUACCUUAUACUAAUCUUGACUUUGUUUUUUAUUUUCCUGCUUACUAUUUUCUGAAGCUUUCUCAACCCGGAGGUAACCCUUCUUUACUUUAUAAGUUGUCUUUUAUAAAAUCCAUGUCUUCCAUCAUGCUAUGUAUACGGCUGUAAUUCUUACUAAGUCGAUCACUUCAAUUAUAGUUGAUGAAUCAACGUGGCGGGGACCUGACACUAUAACAGGAACCAUAUAAAUCUAAACAUCCAGGGGGUAUGUACAUUUCAAUGCUCGGUGACUUCCCACAUCCAAGGGAAGGUAUACUGCAUGGUCAUUUGGUGCUGGGCGUUUCGGAUAAAAGCAAUAUAUUCUUGAAUUUGGUAAUAAAAUAUUUGGUUAUUCCAUUGUACUGCAUUAAUUAUUUAUACAGUAUAGUCAUUGUUAUUUAUCAAGAUUUCUUUUGUGCGUACAACUACAAUUCCAUAUAUGGUAAUAAGCAAAUUAAUGACACUGCUUCCUAAUAUGGGUUUAUGAAUUGACUAAUAACAUUAAUUAUAGCUUAAUAUGAGCUAUAACUAUUUUAUUCACAUACAAACAGCAUGUUAUAUUUAUAUACAUCUAAAUAAAAAAACUACCAGACUUUAA